AUGGCUGAUGUCGGCAAUAGGAAUCCGGCAGCUCGGCGCAAGCAGAGCCGUCUGCAGACGAGAGCUCCGGCAUCUCUGCAGAUCAGCCCCGUGACGGAGUGGAACGUGGCCAUCCCGCUUUUGUCUCCGUUGGUUCAAUCUCCCACAUCGGACAUCAACUCGACCGUCGAGAUCAAACCCUCCUGCAAUAAGGAUCCCUCAUCGGCAGCGGAGAAGCCGGUCGUCGUUAUGAAGAAAUGGCAGCACCCGGCCGCGCCUUUUUGCUAUGAGCCGGCGCCGUGCCGGCCUUUUGUCCGUAACAGAUGA